AUGACCCCCAGACACUCAGAGACCCCAGGUGCCACUAAGAAGAACAAGAAGCAGACAGUACCCCGCCUGAAAGAGAAGGAUGCAAUUUUGGUGCAGCACCUCACAGCGGUGGCAGGGAAACACAGAACAACAGAUGUGGGCACAACGAAGAGAGGCAGAACUGGAGAACCGAAGAUCUGUCUCCUCAGACAUCAGCUCCUCACAAACAUCUACCAGUUGCAGCAGCUGCUGAAGGUCCAGGAGACCCACUGCGUGGAAGGCAUCCAAAACAUGAGGAGCUGGCUGACUACACUGCAAACUGCUAUUAUCAAAGCAGCCCCAGAGGCACACACAGUUUCCUGCCCUGCUCUGGAUGACCCUCCUGAUGGCAAGAAGUAUGGAAGCAAGUACUUAGUAGGCCAUGAAGUCCACUUUUCCUGCAACUACGGAUUCCAGCUGGUUGGGCCCAGCAGCGUGGUAUGUCUUGCUAAUGGCACUUGGACAGAAGCGCAGCCUCACUGCAAAGCUAUCCAUAAGUGCUCCAGCCAGCCUUGUCACAACGGUGGAACGUGUGUGGAAGAUCACAAGCACUACAGAUGCAUCUGUCCUCCGGGAACAACUGGGAACCACUGUCAGCAUCAGACCCAGACGGCGGCCCCCGAGGGAGGCGUGAUCCGCGACCUUACCUUCAGCCACCCGGUGCAUUGUGUGCAGGUGGACUGGGUGCUGCAAUGCAGCUGCGAGGUGGGAUUCGAGAUGAAGGGCACAGGCGGCAGCAACAGCACCUGCCAGGAUGUGAAUGAGUGUGAGGUCUACGGGAGAGAAAGAUGGCCCCGGCUCUGCAGACACGCCUGUGUGAACACCCCUGGCUCCUACCUCUGCAUCUGUCCCAGCGGAUACCGCCUCAUGGCUGAUGGGAAGAACUGUGAGGAUAUUGAUGAGUGCGCGGGCGGCCAGCACAAGUGCCCCCGCGAGACCACAUGCAUCAACACUAGAGGAGGCUUCCAGUGUGUCAGCCCCAAGUGUCCCAAGGACAGAGGCAACAUAACCUAUGUGAAGACAUCUUCCUUCCAGUGCAAGCGAAACCACUGUCCCAUGCACAAGAGAAUGUGUCGCCGCAUGCCCAAUGUUGUCGCCUUCCAUUACCUCUCUCUGCCUUCCAAGCGGAAGACGCCCUUCACCAUCUCCCAAAUGGCCGUGGGCUCCAUUUCUGAUCAGACCCAUGCCAGCAUCCUGCGCUUUGUGGUCACAGCUGGGAACAAAACUGACCACUUCCUUAUGCAGCAGACAAACGAGCAGACAGGGGAGCUCAUCCUUCUCCAGCCCCUGGAGGGGCCUCAGACUCUGGAGGUAGAUGUAGAAGUGCUGGACUACCGGGAAAAUAUCCUCCAGGCCAGCUAUUUGUGCAAGAUCACCAUCUUUGUGUCUCCCUAUGAAUACUAAGGAUGCCAUGGCAAUUGGGGGACUGG